AUGCAGGUCGUAUGCGACUUCGCCCACCUGAAGAUGCUGCACGGGACAGUGCCCAUCGGGAAGAUCAUCUACGCUAAUCUGAAAGAAUUGGCGAAAAACCAAGAGUACCGAUUCGACGAAGAAAUAGAAAAUUUCUCCAAAUUGAGAGAAAAAAUAAUGACGAUGCAAAGCAAAGGGAUUAACGAAAAUUUGCUAAAAUUGUACAAGGAGUAUUUAUUUUACUUCGAGACGUUUCGGAAGAAAAAUUUGUUGAGGGAGAGGAAAAAGUUACUAUGGACAAACGACGCAUUUGAUGAGUAUAAAAAAGUGGAGUAUGAAUUUGAGAGGGAGCACAUUUUGAUAAUAUAUAACAUUGGUCUUGUAGCAGCGACUAUGUUAAAAAUUAAAAAAAAUUCCGAUGACAUAAAAAUGUUGAAUAGAAUGUCUAAGGAUGUGGUGGAAAUAUUUAAUUAUUUAUAUGUAAACAUGAAUGAGGAUAGAAUCCCAGAACUACCAGAUAUAAACUGCCUAAGUUGUUACAUAUUUUUGUGUAUAUCUAUGGCGUAUCAUGAGAAUAUGUUUUACAACACAGCUCUGGCAAAGAAAUACAAGAGGAAUUUGUUGGCGAAGCUUUCUUUCAAUAUACAUUGUCAUUUUAAAAAUGCAUUGCACUGCUUGGAGGGGAAGGAAUUGCAUUUAUUUUUUAGGAAUCCCUCGAAAUUUUCAUCAUCUGCGGAGGUAAGAACAAGUUUGCAGAAUAUUAGAAGUAGUAGCAGUCCAUUUUACAAUUUCGUGAAAGUAAACAAGAUGAUUUUUAUUUGUAUUAGUAAUUUCCACACAGCUUUGAAGUACGCCACUGUACAUGCGGAAAACGCGGAGGAUAAUAUAAAAAUUGAAAAAUACGAUUUAGAAAAAAUCGGGGAAAUUAUAUGUCGACUCAAGUACAGCCAGGAGAACGUUGAAAGAUGUGUGGAACUUUGCAGGAAGUAUGACUUUAACAUCAACCUGACCUCCUUGAAGGAGAAAGUCCAAAGAGCCUUAGAGUAUUUUGAGUACGAAAACAAGAAUAUAUAUUUUGAAGUUAUUCCUAGUUAUGAGAGUUUGAAUGAAAUAAAGGGCACAUCGGAAGUUCUGAAACUGAAGGAGAUAGACGUGUCUUCCAUUUACAUCAAGACGGACAACAUUUCUUGCAGAUUGAAAUUGCUCUUUAAUGAAAAGGCAGAGCUAGUUUACAAUAUCUAUAAUAACGAAGCUGUUGCUGUGUAUGGUACGUUUUACAAGCAAUUUUUGAGUCUACGAGAUCAGUACAGGAUGAUAAAUUUGAGUUACCGGAAAAAUGUGCUCCUCACCCUACACAACGUUAUCAUCAGCACGUAUAAUAAAAUUACCAACGUGCAUAGGCCUACUAAUUUUGAAAAUAAUUUAACUUUUUUACAAAACAUGGAGCAAAAUUUGAAGGAAAUUUUAACUCAAGUGGAAAACAGCCUAACUGCAGAACAUACAAACCAUGUAGAAUUCCAGAGGAAAUUUUUAAACGUAGGAAUUAAUCAGGAAUCUAUUAAUUCAUAUAAUUCCUUUUUGUACCAUUUAAAUAUUUUUAAAAAAUCAUUAGAAGAAAUUCAAUCUAGUGUAGAAUCCUUUCGCAAGUUUCUUCAAGAUAAUCAGAUGCACUUUCACAUAUGUCAAAUGGAUCCUUCUACCUUCGCCAAAUACAUCGUUGACGAAUUGAAUACAUGCACUACUGUAAAAAUUGAUUCUUUAGACCAUGAGUAUAUGCAUUAUAAGAAUUUGCUCUCUGAGGACAGGGAUAAUGAAACGCAUUCUGUCAGCAGCAUGGGUGAUUUUUCUGAAGUGUCCAGUACAAGUGCACCAUCCUUGAAUUACUUCGAUUUCCAUGCAUUUCUGAAGAAUCAGAAUUUGACCUAUGGGGCACAGAAUAGCAAGGGCGUUAAUGAGAAGAAUCUCUUUCAUUAUGAUUCUGUGAAUAACUACAUCAACGUUCAUUCGGAGGAGAAGAUGUUCUUUGUCAUCCUUGCCAUUUACUUUUCACUGAGCAUACAGCUGACCGCUUUCGGCGCCGACUUGGAGGAGCUGAGGAGCAACAUGCACGAUGUCUUUCUGAACUCGAUCUCGGAGGUACGGGACGAGGACAAGCUCAAUGAUCUCCUGCAGAAGCAGAAAGUGGCGCUCAACGGGAAGAAAGCCAAACUGGAGGAAAGCGUUGCAUCCUUUGAGAAAAAUCUCAACCAAUUCUAUGAUUACUAUCACGAGUAUAACAAAUUGGACUACUUUAAGACCAUCGAGGAUCUGAACACCUUCACUAUCAACCUCAUGAGCACCGUCGAAAGGCUGAACGAAAUGAACAAGAGACAUUCGUACACGCUGAAGAAUUCCCUUGUUUUUAAGGACGACAUAAACAGAUAUAUAUACAUGCGCGAGAGCGAACGAUCCACUAUUAGAGUUCAGCAAAUUCCAAAUGGUUACCCACGGAACAUGCACAGCGGUCACCAGCACUUUUAG